AUGGCUUCCAUUCGCGUGCUGUCGUUCGAUGCUGAGGGCCGCCCUGUGCGUUUCACCGCUUGGCUAGAUGACCUGCAGCUGUUCCUCCUGAGCGAUAGCAAGGAGCAUGUGUCGCUCUAUGACUACGCGUCUGGUGCUGCGCCUGCCCCUCCUGCCACAGCUGAGCUUAGUGUUCGUUCCCACUGGCAGACUCGUGACGCAGCUGCUCGCCUAGCCAUUCGCAGUCACCUGCCGUUAGCUGAGCUAGAGCAUUUUGGCGACUGCAAAUCAGCUAAGGCCCUGUACGACGCUGUCGUCGCUCGCUACUCCUCGCCUGCCACAGCCGAGCUUAGCCGCCUCAUGCUGCCGUACCUGUUCCCCGAUCUGUCCACCUUUACUACAGUCGCCGAUCUUAUCACCCACCUGCGCACUAGUGAUGCUCGCCUGCGUGCCGCCCUUCCCACCGAGUUCUGCGCUAAGAACCCCCCUCCACUGUACUGGACACUCCACUUUAUAGUCACUCGUCUCCCUGACACCCUCCGCUCAGUUCGAGACCACUUCCUUGCUCGCUGUCCCACUGAGCUCACAGUCGCCCUCCUAGAGGAGCACCUGCUCGCGGCCGAAAAGAGCAUUGUAGCUGUCGGUGCUGCUCGUGGCGCUCCUCGCACCCCCAUCUUUGAGGGGUGUUCUCCCUCUCCCCUCGCUCCCUCCUACGCUGCUGCUGCUGCUGCUGUUGACUUCCUUGGUGCUGAGUCUGUUGGCGCUGCUUCUGCUCCUGGUGGGAGGCGCCGCACCGGCAAGGGCAAGGGGGGCAAGGGUGGUGGUGGUGGCGCUGGGGGAGGAGGUGGGGGAGGUGGGGGGGGAGGCGGUGCUGGAGGGAGCGGUGGCGGGAGCGCUGGUGGGAGUGGGGUCGGGGGUGGAGACGGGGGCGGCGGAGGAAGCAGUGGCAGUAGUGGCGGCGGCGGCAGUGGCGGCGGUGGCGGUGGUGGCGGUGGUGGCGGUACCGGUCGGAGCGGUGGUAGUGGUGGCGGCGGAGGUCGGAGUGGAGGCACUGGCUCGGGCCAGAGCUCCCAGCAGCAGCAGCGUCCCCAGACGACCCAGCAGCUUCGUGAGUGGCUUGCUCAGCGUGGGACGUCGGGGGCCAGUGCCCGCUGUUCUUAUGUCAUUCGCACAGGUGACCGCAAGGGACAGACGUGUGGGAGGUUCCACACCCCGUACCGCUGCUUCUCCCGCCUUGACGACGCUUGGCGUGAGGAGAUGGGUGCGGAUGUUGAGCGCCCCCGCUGGGCUGAGCUCAUGAGGGCUGGUGUUGAUGUCUUUGCUCUUGACUAUGAUGCUAUUAUUGCUGCCAUGUAUGCAUUGACUGUUAGUGCCGAGGGAGACUGUUACUUGUGUGUGCCGCCUGACCCAGGUAUAGAGCCCGCUGCCCUGGGUACUAGUGAGUCUGCUCUCUCUGGUAUGGUGCCCCCUGUACUUGCUCCCCCCAGUGCUGUCCCGGCUGGUUUCGAGUCUGCUCUCUCAGGUACAGCACCCACACAGACUGCUCCCUCAGGUACCGCACCGGCUGAGGCCUGUCACACCUUCACCCUUGACUCAGGUGCUUCCCGUUGCUUCUUUCGUGACAGUACUGAGCUCACACCGCUUCCUGCACCGGUCCCAGUCUCCUUGGCUGACCCCUCUGGGGGCCCAGUCCUUGCCCAGUCCACUACUGUCCUCCCUUGUCCGGCGGUUCCGUCUGGCUCGUUGUCGGGUUUCCACCUCCCCUCGUUCUCGACGAACCUGGUGAGCAACGCUGUCCUCCAGGAUCAGUGGGUUGACACCUUUACCCCUGGCGGACAGCGUGUGGCGAUCUGCACGUGCUCCAGGACUGGCCGUCACCUGGCUACGUUCACCCGUCGGCCGGGGUCGAGUCUCUACACACUGACCACUGCGUCUCCCCAGGUAGCUGCUGUCGGUCAGGUGUCUGCGUCAGGUCUGGUGGCCCACGCCUGUGAGUGUCGUUCCCUGUCGCACCAGACUCUUCUCUGGCACCACCGCCUGGGUCACCCCUCCUUGCCACGCCUUCGUGGCAUGCACCGUCGCCUCCUUGUGUCUGGUCUUCCCAGGUCCCUCCCUCCCCUCCCUGCCUCGCCUGCGCCGCCUUGCCUUCCUUGCGUCGAGGGGCGGCAGCGCGCCGCUCCUCACUCCUCCUCGUUCCCCCCGACAGAGGCUCCUCUGGAGACCCUCCACCUGGACGUGUGGGGCCCAGCCCGCGUUCGUGGUCAGGGCGGUGAGCGGUACUUUCUGCUGGUUGUCGACGACUACUCGCGUUACACCACGGUCUUCCCCUUGCGCACCAAGGGUGAGGUCCCUGCUGUUCUGAUCCCUUGGAUCCGCACGGUUCGUCUCCAGCUCCGCCGCCGUUUCCGGACGGAUCUUCCUGUCCUGCGUCUGCACUCUGACAGAGGUGGUGAGUUUUCCUCCGAUCUCCUGAGGACCUUCUGUCAGGCAGAGGGCAUCGAGCAGACCUUCACGCUUCCGGACUCCCCACAGCAGAAUGGGGUUGCUGAGCGCCGCAUUGGCCUGGUCAUGGAGAUCGCUCGUACCUCCUUGGUCCACGCGGCGGCUCCCCAUUUUCUGUGGCCGUUUGCUGUCCGGUACGCCGCGCAUCAGCUCAACCUCUGGCCCCGUGUCUCCUUGCCGGAGACCUCGCCCACACUGCGUUGGACGGGGGAGGUUGGCGAUGCGUCGCGCUUCCGGGUGUGGGGUGCUCGUGCCCUUGUCCGCGAUACGUCCGCGGACAAGCUCUCCUCCCGCACGCUUCCCUGUGUCUUCCUUGGCUUUGUCCCUGACGCGCCUGGCUGGCAGUUUUACCACCCCACCUCGCGCCGGGUCUUCGCCUCUCAGGAUGUCACCUUUGACGAGUCGGUCCCUUUUUACCGUCUCUUCCCCUACCGCACUGCCUCGCUCCCCCCCCCGCCGCUUUUCCUUGCUCCUGGUCCCCCUCCGGUAGACCCCCUUCCCCCUCAGGGUCCUGCUCCUUCAGGUGUCUCUCAGGUAGACCCUCCUCCCGUCGCUGAGCCUGUCGAGGUCACAGGUGACUCAGGUGCUGCUGCGGGUGGUGCUGCUGGGAGUACUGAGCCUGGGGGUGCUGGGCCUGGGGGUGCUGGGGCUGCAGGUGCUGGGACUGAGGGUGCUGGAGCUGAGGGUACGGUGCCUGAGAGUACGGAGCCUGGGGGUGCUGCGCCUGGGGGUGCUGAGCCUACGGGUGCGGGGCCUGGGAGUGCUGGGACUACGGGUGCUGGAGCUGAGGGUACUGUGCCUGAGAGUUUGCCGCCUGGGGGUGCUGAGCCUGGGGGUGCUGCGACUGGGGGUGCUGAGCCUGCGGGUACUGAGCCUGCGGGUACUGAGCCUGGGGGUGCUGCUACUGAGCCUACGGAGCCUCGGGUUACUGCGUCUGGGGGUGCUCCGGUUCGGGGUGCUGAGCAGUCUCUCACACCGCAGCAGCUUCGCGACUGGUACGUCCGACGCUUUCGCCGUCCUAGUGGCUCGACUGGAGUUUGGGGUACUGGAGUUGGUUGUCCUGGGGGUGCUCGUACUGGGGGUACUGGAGCUGCCGGGACUGGCUGUUCUGGGAGCACUGCGACUGGAGCUGCUGGAGCUGGGGACUCUGGCGCUGGCGGUGCUAGCGGAGUUGGAGCUGCCGACUCUGGGGGUGGCGCUGCGGCUGGUGCUGCGGACCCACCUGGUGGAGCUACUGCUGGUGCUGAGGAGUCGGACGGUGGAGCUGCUGCUGGAGCUGGGGACCCGGCCGGUGGAGCUGCUGCUGGUGCUGUGGACCCGGCCGCUGGAGUCCCUUCUGCUUCUGGAGACGCUGCGCGGCCGCGACCGUACUUCGUACCGCUCCUUCAGCAGGUUCUUGGGCAGGCUCCUCCUCCUUGUCCUCCUCCCUCCGUAGAGUGUCCUCCGCCUGUCCAGCCGCAGUCACAGUUACCGCCUGCCUCGCCUCUCCCUGCUCCCUCUCCUUAUACUGGUCCCACAGGAGGUCUUACAGAGCGUCGUGAGCCUGAGUCUCGUCCUGCGUCGCCUGUUCGUCCUGCUCGCACUGGUAGUCGUGUCCGUCGUGAGCGUCCUCCUCCUGUCCCAGGCACUCACUACAUGACUCUGCGUCCCUCUACUGCUCCUCGGCGUGUCCCUCUACCGUCUCCUCCUGCGUCCUCUUUGCCUGCCGUUCCGGACCCUGAGUCUGACCGGUAUCGCGCUGAGCACCCUACAGUCACGCGUCUCCUUGCUACUGUUGUCACUGACCCCACCUUUGAGUCCUCGGCUGCGUCUGCUCUGGUCGCUGAGUUGGUUGACUUUGCUGCUGCCUGUCGUCUAGACUACGCUGCUAGCCUUGUCGCUGAGUCAGAGUCUGCGUCUGUCUGUCCUCCGUCCGUCGGGGGUGAGUGUGCUCUUGGCACGGACGUCCUUGAGGACAGGCAGGAGGACUUUGACUCUCUUGCGGCUGCUGUACCUCAUCUCGUGGCCUGGUUGCUUGCCCCUGAGGGAGACCCGGAUGCACUAGACAUCCCCACUCCGCGCACUUACGCAGAGGCGAUCUCGGGUCCCUACUCCUCUCAGUGGCAGACAGCCAUGGACGCAGAGAUGGCAUCCUGGAAAUCCACAGGCACCUACGUCGACGAGGUUCCCCCUCCUGGGGCGAACAUCGUCGAUGGCAUGUGGAUUUUCAGGGUGAAGCGGCCGCCAGGUUCUCCGCCUGUCUUCAAGGCUCGUUACGUUGCUAGAGGCUUCAGUCAGCGUCAGGGGGUCGACUUCUUCCAGACCUUCUCCCCCACCCCGAAGAUGACCACUCUUCGGGUUCUGCUGCAUGUUGCUGCUCAGCGUGACUACGAGCUUCACUCUCUUGACUUCAGCACAGCGUUCCUGCAGGGCAGCCUGCAUGAGGAGAUCUGGCUGCGCCGCCCACCUGGCUUUACUGGGUCGUUUCCCCCUGGUACCCAGUGGAGUCUCCGCCGGCCAGUCUACGGUCUCCGCCAGGCGCCACGUGAGUGGCACGACACACUGAGGACUACUCUUGCGGCUCUUGGGUUCGCGCCGUCUACUGCUGACCCGUCGCUGUUUCUGCGCACUGACACGUCGCUGCCGCCGUUCUACAUCCUCGUGUACGUCGACGACUUGGUCUUUGCUACUGCUGACACUGAGGCACUCGCUCGUGUGAAGUCGGAGCUGCAGAAGAGACACACCUGCACUGACCUGGGUGAACUGCGUAGCUACCUUGGCUUGCAGAUCACCCGGGACAGAGCCCGUCGCACCAUCACCCUGACUCAGUCACACAUGGUGCAGCAGGUCCUUCAGCGCUUCGGCUUCCAGUUCUCCUCACCACAGGCCACACCUCUGGCUACCAGCCACUCACUCUCAGCUCCACCUUCGGACGAGUCCGUAGAGCCGAGUGGCCCGUACCCAGAGCUUGUAGGCUGCCUCAUGUACCUGAUGACUUGCACGCGACCUGACCUUGCGUACCCUCUUAGCAUCCUUGCUCGUUACGUUGCGCCUGGGAGACACAGGCGAGAGCACUGGGAGGCUGCUAAGAGGGUGCUGCGUUACUUGUGCAGUACAUCAGGCAUGGGGCUGGUGCUUGGAGGACGCGACAGAGUUGUCCUCACUGGUCACUCGGACGCCUCUUGGGUGGACGACCUGGCUACGCAGCGGUCGUCACAGGGUUACACCUUCAGCCUUGGCUCUGGUUCUGUCUCGUGGCGGUCCACCCGCUCUUCCUCUGUUCUCGGCUCUAGUUGUGAGGCUGAGAUCUACGCCACAGCCAUGGCUGCACAGGAGUUACGCUGGCUCACCUACCUGCUGACUGACUUGGGAGAGCGGCCUAGUUCUCCGCCAGUUCUGUACGGUGACAACAAGGCGGCUCUUGCCUUGUGUCAGGAGCACAGACUGGAGCACAGGACGAAGCACAUUGCUCUUCGCUACUUUCUUGCUCGAGAGCUUCAGCAGCGCGGUCAGCUUCGGCUUGUGUACGUGGACUCGAAGGCCAACACUGCUGAUAUCUUCACCAAGGCGCUCCCGCCUAGUGAUCAUCAGCGGCACUGUACUUCUUUAGGCCUUGUGUCCACGUUUCCUCACUUGCUCACUGCUUGA